AUGGUAUUCCGGGACGAUUGGCAUCCACCUCCCACAUACAUAUCAACCGCCAAAGACUUGGACGCCAGCUUGAACAAAAUCCGAGCCCGCUCUGCGCAAAGCGGUUACUCCAGCCACUAUGAUUUUGAGUCGGACCUGAACCAUCAGCUGUCCCUUGCCCAUGACGGCCAUCUGCAGCUCGAAUUGUGCUCUUUGCAAUCCUUCCGUUUCACGCGGGACUUGCCACUGGUAUCUCUUUCAAACGACGGUCUUCAAGCCCCGUCUCUAUACGUAUUGCCAGAUGCGGAGCUGAUGAGAUCGAGUGAGAACGGCCAGCACGUCUCCCCCGUGGUCAAGAUCAAUGGGAAGGAUGCCGUAUACUUCCUAGAGUCAGACGUGGCGAUGGGCUUGGAUAUGCACGACCCAGAUGCCCGAUACAACCACGUCUUCCCAUCGGCAGCCGCACGACUUUCUGGGGAAUUUUCUCGUGGCGCAUGGGUCCGUUACAAGGGCUUGUGGCCUGGGGCAGCGGCUUAUACUCUCGAGUUCGCCAACGGUACAGCUAUGAAGGUCGACGUGCUCGCAUCUUGGGAAGCUGCGAUUGGGCCCAUGGUUUACAAGAGCGGGUCAGAUCUGUUCGGCGCCGUAUGCGCGGACUCGACCGCGUCCGCUGGUGGAGAGGGAACGGCCAUUGUCGGCGAUGACCUGACAAGUGCGGCUCAGUCCUACCCAGAGUCCGAUUGGAGCCACGAAGAUGCUCCUAUCAAAGUGCACUAUCUGGAUCACGCUGGAUUGCCCGAUACGGCUGCGGUACAAGUACUGUCCUUCGCGACCAGUAACGGCAGCAAGCAGUACGCCGAUGCAUCGGCGCAGUUGCUGAAUGAAAUCGCAGCCCGAGGAAAGACAAGACUGGUCGUUGACGUCACCGAUAACCUGGGCGGUGAUCUCAGUGCUGGGCUGAAUUUGUUCCGCCUACUUUUUCCAAACGCAAAUGUCCACCUGGGCACGCGUUUCCGCGCCCAUGAUUUGAUCGACACCAUGGGCCAGAUCUUCACCAGAAAUCUGUCGCCGGGCCAAGCACCUUUGGAUUUGCCGCUUGUUCCACAGGACGCGGUGGACCCCACUCAGAAGCAUGCUUUCGACUCAUGGAAUGCGUUGUACGGCCCUCACGAAUCAGGGAGCUCCAACAUGUCCAAUCUCUACGGCCUAUUUGAUUUCGAUGCCGCAUCGAGGUUUCGUCGUCCCAUAGCCGGGUACGGCUCCGUUGCCAGGGCCCGCACUCUAUUCAAAAGUAGGAACAUCGUCAUACUAACAAAUGGUCGCUGCGCGUCGACCUGCGCGGUCUUCGUCCACCAGAUGAUGCGACAGGGCGUGCGAGUUGUAGUCUUCGGCGGUCGUCCUCGCUACGGCCCGGCACAGGCUAUUGGAGGUAACAGAGGAGCCCAAUUUUGGUCCCUGGCGACUAUUGGACGUUAUGUGAACAUGGCGCACGAGCUGGCUCUCAACGUGAGCAGAAGCCGCUCAUCCCCGGAAGACGAGGAGCUUUUGGCUCGGAUGGAGAAGUUGAUGCCGCCUCGGCCAGAGAGUUUCCCGGUGCGAUUUGACAUGCACGGAAUGAGCGGGAUCAACUUUCGCAGUGCGUAUGACGGCUUCGACGAGGAUACACCGCUGCAGAUGAGGUAUCAAGCCGCCGACUGUCGACGCUUCUACACAGUGCGAAACAUCAUGGACCCUGGCUCGACGUGGAUCGAUGCCGCCGAGACGAUGUUCCAUGGUGGCGAAUGCGUUCCCGGGAGUGCGAAAGCAUCUGUUUAG